CACACACGACCUGCCAGGCGGCCGUCCUUCUCUUCCUCGGACACGCUCGGGCAGGCAAAGCUCAGCAAGAGCGCAUCGACCGUUCUUCCUGGCGCGAAAGACAAAAGACUGACUGAACCGAGGAUCACAACGGAAUAGACUUCUGCAGCAACGCAAAUCACACAGGCGUCGUGAAAAGAAGUACUGUUCGACUUGCCAAUUGAGCCAUCCGUCGCGCUGCUCUAGACUGCAAAGCGACGCUACCGAGCCUGAAAACCACUUGUUCGAGCGACGAGAACAUGCCGAGUACAAUGCGCAUGAAACGCAGCUCAGAGGACCCCGUUAUGCCGCCAGCAGGUCUAGCAGAACCAAUGCCCGUAGGCUCAACGGCGCUUCUCGCAGAGUUCCUCGCAACAACAGGGCCCGAAGACAUCUAUCGCAGCAAUUCACAGACAGCGGCGCAGCCAAUUAUCAAGCCAAAGAAGAGUAUCGUCAACCUCAAUUUCCUGCGCAAGCGGCCGACUGAUGCGGAAAGAACGCUGCCAGAUGCGAUUGACAAGCGCGUCACGUCGACGGGUAAACCCUUCUUUGCUAUACGUACUGCACAUCCGACAGAGACGGUCGACAGAGCAGUUCAGGCCGAUGCUGGACGAGAAGCAAUGCCCAGGCGACCACAAAGGCCGGACGGCAUAUUGCUCUCGGAAUACGAUCAGGGGGUCAUGACGGACCAACAGGAUACACGAGGUACCGAUACGUUUCAAGUUAUUGAGUACGACUUUGGCAAGCGUUCUGCACCGCAGACAGCAUCCACUUUUGCAUCUGGUCAUUCCCAGCACACAAAAGAGCGUGCUGAAAGGCAUUCACCAGAACUACGGUCAACAUCACGCAAUGCUUCAAUCUCGUCAUUACAAGAUGGACCUCCCCUUCGUCAUCCUGGGAUCCGGGGUGCGAGUGUCACAACGACCAUCACAGCAGGAUCGCGUUCUAUCAGGACUCAUAAAAGUGGCGCAAGCACUUCAUCCUUGUCUGUUCACUCCCAAGCAGAAAGACCCCUCUCACUCGACGACUCACUCGAAAUGCUAGCAUCCAUGAGUGAUCAUGCUAAUUCCGAGAGAGGAGACUUUCAUUCACCCGCACUUAGCGGUGUCAGCCCCAUGUCUGGCUCACCUGUCGAGUUGAUGCAGCCCUUUGGACCACUACAACCACCAUCAACGCCAGAACGCUCAAUAAAGCCAGACGAUGGUGCCACACCGCGUGUUGUUCCACCGACCAUCACCAUUGGUCUGUCACCGACUUCAAUGACCGGUAAACUUCGUAUGGCAGCUGCAGAACACGCUGCAACGCGACGCAUUGAGCAAAAUCCUGCCGCGAACAAUUCUGUUAUAUCUCGACCACAUACGACCAGUAUGAUCUCUUCCAGUCAAGCGAGACUGAUUGCGCCUAUUUCGCCCGAGCGUGCACAACGACCACUCUUCAGCGUGCCAGAUGUGCCAUCUGCACAAACACAAGCGACGCAGGGAGGCUCUGAUCUGGACAGGCCUGAGAGCAUUGACUCUGGAUUAGGCAAGACGCCACGUAGUAGUGAGGAUCUGCAUGGACAAGCUCCUCUUUCUGGUGAAGAGGCAUUGAAGCAACGGCUUGCCAAAUUGGAGGAACGCAACGAAGCUUUGGAACGUGUGCUGAUUGGUUUGCUCACACAACAGCUGAAUGGUAAAGAUGGUACGUUGCAAGACGUGGAAAGGCUGGAGCAGCAAACAUCAUCAACGCAAUUGGAUAUGGCACACGUGAGGCAGGCUCUUGGUCAGCUUUGAAAAGAUUGAAUACUGGACGUCGUUCAUCAUCUUGCAACCUUUAAUGUUUCUUCUUGUGGAACCAUAGUGAUCUUUACCUUUCCC